CUGUAACACAUAGGAGCUGGGCACCCUUUUAGGAUGGAGACGUUACCUGCAUCAGAGUAUGUUUAUGUUUUGGGAUGGAGAUGUUACCUGCAUCAGAGUAUAUUAAUGUUGCCAUCUUACCCACAUAAGUAUGACACCAGUUCAACAGCCAGAUUGCCUCUUACUCUGAAAUGGACCCGGCUCUGAUCUGGCCCUGAUCUGGCCCUGUUCUGGCCCAGAGUGAGCUGCCACCUGGCCACUUUGCUGGACAGAGAGAGAGGUCCUGUAUAUGGCCUGCGGAGAAUAAGACAGAGAGAGAGGUCCUGUAUAUGGCCUGCAGAGAAUAAGACAGAGAGAGGUCCUGUAUAUGGCCUGCAGAGAAUAAGACAGAGAGAGGUCCUGUAUAUGGUCAGAUUGGCAUAAAAUACAUUUAAAAGUUGGACUAUGAGAUAGCAGGAAAACUCUGGGUAAAUGAAGGGAGGAGCAUUUGCAUGCAAAUGAAAAAAAAAAAACAUAAUUCAUCGAUUUAAUCCACUUAAGCAUCUGGACGUCCUCUCACUCUCUCUCUCUCUCUCUCUCUCUCUCUCUUUUUCUCUCUCUCUCUCUCUCUCUCACACUUCUUGUCUUUGCCAAAGGGUCCUUCUGGCGGUUUGGAUGUGAUCCCCCAUCCACCCUACUGCUCCCCUCCUGUCUCCAGCAGCCUUCACGCCUCUCUGCCUGUGAGCCAUGGUGGGUCUUUGGACCGUCCUCGGCCUCCUCUUGGCCGGGACGCGCUUCUCCGCUCGGGCUGCCCCGCUGGCGCCCGAGGGUUGGGCUGCCCCGCUGGCGCCCGAGGCAAAGGCGACCUUCUCUCCGGGAGCCCUCGGCUGCGGCGCCCAACAGAACGGACAAGCGCAAGUACAAGCCACGGGCGGAUUAGAGGCGGGUCACGCCCAGGGCUGGAACGAGGAGUGCCCGUCUCUGCCAGGGCUCGUACCGGCGGGCGUGGAAGCAGAAGCUGAGAGCCGGGCAGAAGAGGCUGCUGCUGUCGCCGGAGGAGACGGCACUCGAAGCGGGGAGGGCCGCCCAGAAACCGCGUUUAGGGAGGAGAAGGAGGGGGUGAGCCAGGAGAGGCUGGUCCACAGAGGGGCUGGGGAGGAGGAGGAGGAGAAGGAGGGGGGGAGCCAGGAGAGGCUGACGGGCAGAGAAGCAGAGCUGCCGCUGCCGCCGUUGCCACUGUGUCGCCCAGCGCAAAGCCCGCCAUGCCAACGGCACCGCCACCCUCCGGAGGACCGUCUGGCCGGGAGACAGAUGGCUGGGGAGCAGCGCAGACGGCCCAGCAGAGGGGUGACCUCGCGCAGGUUGGGGGUCGGGCCGGGCGGGGGCCGUGGGCAGUGA